UUAAAUAACGUAAAUUCUAUGUCAAUUAACAUCGAAUGCGAGUGUCGUCAUCGCCAUGGACCACUGUUCUUGCUGAUGCCCUGGCGCUGGGGUGAGCCCUGCCGUCGUUGCAAUGGCAAUGCUGUUGUCGUUGUGCCAACGGAUAAUGGAGGAACAACAACAACUGUUGUAAGCACUAACGGACGUCGUCAUCGUCGCCGAGAUGCGCCAGUUGUAGUAGCAACAACAACUACAACAACAGCAGCGCCAGUGAUGAAUGUGACACCAGCUAUGACAACUGGACCAACGAUGCUGCCGCCUGCCUACAGCGAAAAAGUUGUCAUCAAUUAAAAAACGAUAUUAAAUAAAAGUGCUGUAAUUAA